GGUCCUAGCUGGGAGUGAACCGGAAGUGCAAACGCUCCUGCUUCUCCUCGGCCAGGCGGAACCUUCUGUGCUGGGCCCGGUGGCUGCGAAAAAACUUUCUUUCUCCCGCCCCAACGGUCGCCGCGGCCAACUGCCUCGCCCGCCUGGCAACCUAUCCCGCCUUCUCUUCUCUCCGGCUCCGCGCGGCCCUGUCUCCCUCUCGCCCGGCGGUAUCCGCUUGCUGCUGCCACCGCCUCCUCGUCUUCUGCCCGGCCAGCCGGCUCGCCCCGCUGCAGUGAUGUGCGACAAGGAGUUCAUGUGGGCCCUGAAAAACGGAGACCUGGACGAAGUGAAAGACUAUGUGGCCAAGGGAGAAGACGUCAACCGGACACUAGAAGGUGGAAGGAAGCCUCUUCAUUAUGCAGCAGAUUGUGGGCAGCUUGAAAUCCUGGAAUUUCUGCUGCUGAAAGGAGCAGAUAUUAAUGCUCCAGAUAAACAUCAUAUUACCCCUCUUCUGUCUGCCGUCUAUGAAGGUCAUGUUUCCUGUGUGAAAUUGCUUCUGUCAAAGGGUGCUGAUAAGACUGUGAAAGGUCCAGAUGGACUGACUGCCUUUGAAGCCACUGACAACCAGGCAAUCAAAGCCCUUCUUCAGUGAUGGACGGAUGGGUUAACAGCUCUGGAAGAAUGACUCUCCUGUGGCCUCACACUGCUGCCUGUCUGUCUGUCACUCUCUAUCUGCCAGCUUCUUCAGCUAAAAUACUUUAAGAAGGGUGAGGGGAGAGAGAAAUUCAUAACAAAUCAGACUACCAGAAAAAAAAAAAACAAUGUUUGGGAGGAGAGGAAAAAAACGAGAUCAGGCUUUUACUAGGAUUCCUGAUCAGGUCAGCCUCUUUUCCAUUUCCAGUAAAAUACACAGCUUAUCCCCAAGGGAGAGCAAGGACAAAACAUACCAGUAACAUUUGACCUUUUCAGCUCCCUAGCUAAUUUUAUUAGAUUGCGUUGAGGGUCUGAUUAUACCAAGGCCGACUCUACAUAUUUGGCAGCCCUAUUGUGUGUGCAGUAGUGGCUGCUGUGAUGUAACUUAGGGUGCUGAGAUAAGCAAUUAGCUAUAGCCUUCUGCCUUAAGACGCACUCUAGUGGGAUCUCCCGGCGUAGUUAAGAGCGCUGCCUGUGGUUGGUGACCAAAUCUUCCCUCGGUGACUCAGCUUUAUGUGGAAGCUCAGUUAAGACGAGGAGGGGCACACUCCUAAACUGCUGGACGGCUGAACUUUGGAUUUCCUCUCCCCCUUCACAUGGAUUUCAUGUAUCUUUAGAUAAAACUGACUAGUUUUAUUUAUAAAAUCUCAAAUUUUAGAAGUCUGGAGGAGAAAUCAUUCCAGUAUGCAUUUUUUUUUCUCCUCUAGAUUCAGACAUUUAUAUAACAUUGAAACACUUGCAAACUCCUGCUGGUAGUAAAAGGGGAUUUUAAAAUAGAAUCAUAGCCAUAAGCCUGUUAGUAUCAUUUAAAGAAAGAACAGUUGUCUUAGUACCUAUGGAUUUUCUUCAUUUGCUAUUUGAAUGGAUUGGCCUCUGUUACGUUUGAAGAAUCAAGGAACAUUCUUUGAAAUGCCUCUCUCAGACCCAUCUUGGAUGCUGAUUACUUAUUGCACCAAAGCUAUCAAUGGGGGGAGAUUUACUGUUUGGAUAAAUUUAACCCCAUCCCUUCAAAAAUAUGCUUGUUACCAGGUUUCCCUGAGUUGUUGAUAGGCUCCUGCUGAACGUAUGGCAACCCACCUGCAUAAUAUAUUUUUGUUUCUUUUCUAUAUUAUGCGUUGCAUAUAGUGUGACACCUUCAAAUUGUAUUCUGUGUUCUUAAAAUACAGUGCCCUGAAACAGUGUUCUUAUGACCUGCAGAAAAAUUUAGACACAUUUUUAAAUGUUUGUGAGCAGUGCAGCUAAUUAAAACAUACGCCCUUAAAUUUGCCGUCUUGCAUAUAAAACAUCAAAAUUCCUUUGACUUGUCAUCCACAUUAGUUUACUAAAAAUAUUAGUAAUAUUAGGGUUUUUCCUUAGCCAUGUCAUGCAAUAAUUGAAUGUACCUCAAAUUUUUAAAAGGGAGGGGAGGAUGGGUUAGGGGCUUGCAUUCAGAUUGUGGAUAAUAAAGAAUUAAUGAUGGUUUUUUUAAGGCAAUGUAGCAUUCUACAGCAGGGUUAAACCAGUAUCAAGAACAGUCAGCCUGGCCAGUAACAAAUCUUACUGACCAGUGGCUGAUUGGUUGGUUAGUGUGUGGGUUUAUUUGUGCGUGUACUUUUCCCCAUGAGCCCUUUUUUAUCCUGUGGCAUUUUCACUUACAACUAGCCUAGCCCUGUAAUUUUCCGAUGUUCAAGAAAACAAUCACAAAAUGCUGGUUUCAAUACUUUGAUACACUUGGCUUAAUUCUACUGUCUUAAUGCAGCCUACCAGAGUUGGAUUAAAAGUCAGUAAUCAGUACUUUAUAACAUCACUGAACUGAACCACGGAGCCAUCCUCACUGAAGAUGAGGGCACUCUAUCAGUCUGUAACUGUCAACAUAGUGACAAGUUGUUUUGUUGUCUUUGUUUUCACCUCUUGGCAUACUGCUCUUUUAAAGGCUUGGAUUUUACCCUCUACGCAGUCCCUAUCUUUACUUUCCCAGUGUUUUUGUAGUUGGCUACCGCAGAGUGUGCACCGUCCUGUCAUUCCCAAACCUCGUCUGCCUUCUACAGUCCACCUGGUCUAGAGACCAUGCGAUUCUCUGUACAGUUUAUCCUGAUGUUCCUUGUAAUGCAGUAGAGGCUACUUCGCCUUCCCUCUUCUUUCUCAGCCAUUUUGUAAACCCAUAAUUAUGAGGCGGUUGCUUGAGAAAAUAACAGAUAAACAUAGAAUAGACUGACCAAGAUGGUUUACAAUUUUUUUUAACUAGGUUAUUUAUGAUGUAUUUCUGAACCACUUGGCAGAGAAAUUCACGACACUUAAUGUUCAUAUUUUGAGUAAAGGAAGCUAAAACCUUGUCUGCUUUUUGGUACUACAUGCAUUAGUAAAAGGUUAAAUAAGUUUUGUUCUCCACUGAAGUAAUAUUUAACAUCUCAGAAAAAAUCUUGCAUGUUCUGUAGUUUUGUAUUAAGUCAGUCAUUUCGUAUGCACUAUAUCAAGUGAAGACAGGUGGUUUACCUGUCUGCGUUAGUAUACUAACCACUUCCCCGUGCAGCUUCAGACUGGGGUUUGUAGACGAACUAUUCAGCUACAGCACCCAGGUCGACCAAGUGGUUCUCUGCACAGCUCACCUUCGAUACCCAGCGGGGCACGGAGGAGGGGGUCGGUAGGUGCAGUGUGUGGAAGCUGCAAGCAAGUAGGUCCUUCAUCCAUUGAUUUCUUUCCCCCAAAUAAUGGAUUCCAAAUCUGUAUGCACCUAUUUGAUUUUUUUCCCUAAAACUUCAACUGAGCUGCUGUUUUCUUCCAUGCAAUAUUGUAUAAUCGAUUGUGUAUAGAAGAAGCUGGUGAGAGUGCCCUCCUACAUAAGCAAUUGCAGUGUUUUGCAUGCAGAAUUUAAAAAAUUUAAAUUGUCCUGAUUCUAUUUUGUAAAUGGAGAAACAAUCAUAUCUUUCUAAGCAGUAAUGGAGGAAGACUAGUGCUUUGUGCAUUUUGAUAUAUUUUAGUUCAUUUUUCCCAUAAUGUAAUACAUUUGACACAAUUGGGUUUCUCAUAUUAUCCUAGUUCAUGUACAUCAGAAUGCUAAAUAAUACUGUGUUUAAGUUUUGUGUUGCAAGAACAAAUGGAAUAAACUUGAAUUGUGCUACA